CUCGUCCUUACCUCGAUCUGCAUCGCGCCGACGCGUAGGUCAUCAUGCAUACCAAACCAUCCGUUACACGUAUGGCUCCUCGGCCUCACACGGUUCUCCCUUGGUUCGAAGAGAGCCUGCCGCCGCGCAACGCCUUCGGGCAUUGCUGUACGAACCAUUGGUCGCUUCUACGCUUCUUAUCAGCGAGCGCUGGACGAAUGGAUGGUGAUGCCACGUAGCCUCUACUUAACGUAAACUCUAUAUAUGCGGUGUACCAGAUGCGGAUGCGCGCAGCACUCUGCCGCGUCGCGCCAUCGCACUGCGCAGCUUAGUGAAACGUGUCUGAACGGCCACCAUCCCUCGCGAAUCCCUCGCGGUCAUCCUCCCCUCCUGCCGAUACCUCGAGUCUUAAGACGGGCCCCUAGACGUUAAUCCUCGGAAGACGAGAUGUCGCUCCCUCCACAAGUCGUGUUGGCACCUGCAGGGGAACGUGAAUACGCUAGCUCCGAGCAAGGACUGCCAUUACCUGAACUUGCAACGCUUGGCAUCCCCGUAGCGUUCGCGGGGGUUUCCGUGAUCGGUCUUGUUGUCCAGUCUGUCAUUCUCUGGACGCGUUUGAGGGUGGCAGCCACGAAAGUCAUCCCUUCUACGUCGUUCGAACCGGAAUCGACCGUAGACGUCACGGAUGUCAAUCAUGAAAACAGAUUGUCGCGCUUCGUGGCCCAUCGUCGAGGAUGGACGGCGUUCGCCCUCAAUUGCUCUCGCCUUCUAGCCUGUCUGGCCCUUCUUCUCAUGAACAUCUUCACUGCCGUCACGUACCCAUCGGAGAAGCCUGAACAAAACAGUCUCCAUGAUGAGACCACCCCUACAACGGCGAUCUUGGUUAUCUAUCUAUAUGCCUUGGUCCUUUCUCUGGCAGCUACGCUGACGACAUCCCCGACUAGCCUCUGGGCGACGCACGUCAAUCUUGUGCUCAUCCCUACUUGGGCUGUAUAUAUCUAUCGGGACGUCUUUCCACUGACAACGUUUACGCUCUCCCCGAUCGAUGCAGCGGAAGGCGGAUGGCUUUGGGCCAAGAUCGCGCUACUAACCUACGUCGCUCUGAUCGUGCCGCUGAUCAUUCCGAGGCCGUACACACCUGUCGAUCCGAAGCACCCAUCCAAGCCAUCACCGGAACAGACAGCGUCGUUGCUCUCUUUGCUGCUAUACAGCUGGCUGGAUGGAACCAUCGUGGAUGCGUAUCACGCUGAACAUCUCAAGUUAGACCAGCUGCCCCCGCUAGCGGACUACGACGAUGCCCAGUUUCUGGCUGAACACAACUUCCUGGAGCUCAGCCCAUUCCAAGUCAAAAACAAGGAAAGACACAUCUUCUGGGGCUUCGUGCAUAUUUUUCGACUUGAUCUCAUCGUCAUGGCUCACCUAUUGAUAUUCAAUACAUUCUUCCAAUUUGCCAACCCGCUGAGCAUCAAAAACCUGCUUAGCUACAUCGAGGACGGAGGCGAAGGUGCCCUUGUACGCCCAUGGGUCUGGGUUCUGUGCCUCUUUCUUGGACCGGCGCUUGAGACCGUCAGCAUAUCGUUCUAUUAUCUGUAUUCGAUGCGACUACUGGUUCGCAUGGAAGCGAUGAUCACGCAGCUUGUUUUUGAACAUUCUCUUCGCAUGCGUGUGAAGGCCGAGGCGGGAGAUGGCCCAGUCCCGCAAGGCAAGACAAGAGAGGGAAAGCAGAAGGGAGAAGGCAAGAAUGUCCAAGGGAAAGUCAAUAACUUGAUCACCUCAGAUCUCAACGCGAUCGGCUUCGGGAGAGAAAUCCUGGCUCCGUUGCUGAAAAUUCCGGUGGUCGUGAUACUCUGUGUUAUCUUCCUCUACACACUGCUCGGUUGGAGUGCCUUGGCUGGCAUGACGGUAGUCGUCGUUCUCAUUCCGCUUCCUGGGACACUCGCUACGAGAAUUCGUAAGGUGCAAGCCCAGAAGAUGAAGAAGACAGACGCUCGCGUACAGACAGUCACAGAAACUAUGAAUGUCAUACGAAUGAUCAAGCUGUUCGGCUGGGAAUCGCGUGUGAAGCAACAGCUCACUGAGAAACGGGAUCACGAACUAGAUUUCAUCAAGAAGAGCAAGAUGCUGGAGCUUAUCAAUGGGAGUGUCAAUUAUAUCAUUCCGUUGUUGACAAUGAUCGUGACUUUCAUGACCUACACAAUGGUGAUGAAACGAGAAUUGACGGCUUCCAGGGUAUUUGCGUCUAUGACUGUCUUCACCAUGUUCAGCCGUGAGAUCCGUCAAAGCUUCAACUUCAUCCCAUUGAUGAUGAGAGCCAAGGUCGCACUCGACAGAGUUAACGAUUUCUUGCAUCAAACCGAACUAUUGGAUGAGUUUUCGGAGCCCGGGGAUUCCUUGACUGUCGCCUCGCUUGCGAGCUCUCCCCCAAGUGCGGAUGCAAUCGGCUUCAAGAACGCAUCCUUCACGUGGGCUAAAGAUACCGAUCUUCCUCCUACACCCGGGAGCGGAACGCGUGCGUUCAAGCUGCGCAUCGAAGGAGAUCUGGUGUUCAACAACGGCGGCGUCAACCUCAUUGUCGGGCCGACUGGAUGCGGCAAGACGUCCAUGUUGAUGGCGCUUCUAGGCGAGAUGCACUACAUUCCAGAAGGCCCACACUCAUUCUACCAGCUUCCACGCGCUGGCGGUGUUGCUUACGCUGCUCAAGAAUCAUGGGUACAGAAUGAGACUAUCCGCGACAACAUCAUCUUUGGCAGCCCUUACGAUCGAGAACGAUAUGAGAAAGUCAUUGACCAGUGCAGUCUGCGGCGGGAUCUAGGACUAUUUGCAGCUGGAGAUCUGACUGAAGUAGGCGAAAAGGGUAUCACACUGAGCGGUGGUCAGAAAGCGCGUAUCACGCUGGCUCGUGCAGUAUACUCGUCCGCAGAGAUCCUGCUACUGGACGAUGUUCUAGCUGCUCUUGACGUGCACACAGCCCGAUGGAUAAUCAAUAAGUGCUUCAAGGGUGAUCUCCUCCGCGGCCGUACUGUGCUUCUGGUGACUCACAACGUAGCGAUGACUAAGGGUCUGGCCGAUUUCGUGGUCGCGCUUGGGCUUGAUGGGAAGAUAUCGAGUCAAGGAACCUUGUCAAAUGCACUUGAAAGAGAUAGCAAGCUAGCGGCCGAGGUCGCUGAAGAACAGGCUUUGAUCGACAAGACAGAGGAAAUUAUAGAUGACUCUCGUUCCAAGCAAUCGUCUGGGAAACUAGUAGUGGAGGAGGAAGUGGCCGUCGGACAUGUGGGUUGGUCAGCGAUGAAGACAUAUCUGUCCAGUCUCGGCGGAAGCCAUCUGUGGCUUUUCUGGACUUCUUUCAUAAGCAUCUUAGCGAUCUCCCAAUCGCUGGAGAACUUCCAAGUCUGGUUCCUUGGAUAUUGGGCGCGACAGUACGAAAUUCGUAAUCCUUCGGACGUUAACGUGCCUUUUUAUCUCGCCAUAUAUUCUCUGAUCCUGCUGGUUUCUGCCGCGUGCUACUACAGUGCGCAGGCUGCCUACGUAUUCGGUACUAUGAGGGGUUCGCGGGCCGUACAUGGCCAGCUGAUCUCCUCGGUGCUCGGAACGACGCUCAGAUGGCUCGACAAAACGCCCACCUCAAGAAUGAUCGCAAGAUGUACCCAGGAUAUCCAAGCUGUGGACAUGCCCGUUCCGCGGUUUUUGGGAGACAUUCUGAACUAUUCGAUGUCAAUGUUGCUCAAACUAGGCGCCAUAGUAGCAACGUCUCCUAUUUUCUCUCUGCCAGCGGUUCUCAUAGCUAGCACUGGCGGGUGGAUCGGCCGAAUCUACAUGAAGGCCCAGUUGUCCGUCAAGCGAGAGAGAAGUAACGCACAAGCCCCUGUCCUUGGGCAUUUUGGUGCUGCCUUCGCUGGUCUAGUGUCAAUCCGGGCGUAUGGUGCUCAGGAUGCAUUCAGGAAAGAAUCAUACAAACGCAUCAACCGCUAUAGUCGAGUAUCAGUGAUUUUCUGGGGGCUCAAUCGCUGGGUGUGUAUCCGCAUCGACGCAUUGGGUGCUAUCUUCACAGCGGCGUUGGCCGGGUACCUCGUAUACGCUAAACCGACUACCGCAUCGAAUACCGGAUUUUCGCUCAACAUGGCAGUUGGGUUCAGCGGCAUGAUUUUGUGGUGGGUGCGGAUGUUGAAUGAGUUAGAGGUCAACGGCAACAGCCUGGAGAGAAUCAAGCAGUAUGUAGAGAUUGAGCAGGAGACCAAGCCAACCAUCGACGGUGUUCCUCCCGCAUACUGGCCCGCAAGUGGGGAUCUCAAAGUGGAGAACCUUUCGGCGAGAUAUUCCCCAGACGGUCCGAGCGUCCUACACGGCAUCUCGUUUGAAGUCAAAUCGGGAGAACGCGUAGGCAUUGUCGGGCGUACCGGGAGUGGAAAGAGUUCCUUGACUUUGUCUUUGCUGUGUUGCAUCAUCACAGAAGGGAAGGUCUACUACGACGGCAUCGCUACAGACAGUAUCAAUCUCGACGCGCUCCGCUCAAACAUCACGAUCAUACCGCAAAUCCCCGAGCUGCUCAGCGGGACUCUGCGUCAAAACCUGGACCCAUUCCAACAGUAUGACGAUGCUGUGCUCAAUGACGCUCUGCGAUCUGCUGGGUUGUUCUCCUUGCAAAGUGACAGUGAAGAUGGUAAAAUCACGUUGGACACUCCUAUCGCAAGUGGAGGAGGCAACCUCUCCGUCGGCCAGCGACAAAUCUUGGCGCUAGCGAGGGCCAUAGUUCGUCAAAGCAAGCUGCUUAUCCUAGAUGAAGCUACAUCCGCUAUCGACUAUGCUACGGACGCUGUCAUUCAAGCCUCUCUUCGGAGAGAAUUGGAGAAUGGCGUCACUGUCCUGACUGUCGCUCACCGGCUGCACACGAUCAUGGAUGCUGACAAGAUCAUGGUUCUGGACGCGGGACGAAUAGCUGAGUUCGGCAAGCCUAGCGAGCUACUCAAAGAUCAGAAGGGCAUGCUUCGCGCACUGGUCGACGAGAGUGGGGACAAGGAAGCCUUAUACGCUAUGGCUCAGGGCGCUUCGGCUUCAGUCAGUCAAUCGUGUGUCUAAUAUGUGGCAUAAGAGGGUCAAGCCUUGCGUCGUUCUAUCCUAUCAUCACCGUCCAUCUGUCUAGAGGUUCGUCUAUAUAUCGUAUUUACUGCCAUUUGCUGUCCUUCGUUUGCGUUUUC